AUGUGGUUGAAAUCAUUUCUUCUCUGCUUAUAUUCGUUAGUGCUUUAUCAAGUACAUGCUGCACCUUCAUCAGAGAAACUUCUUACCUCUAAAGAUGUGGAUCUAGAGAAAAAGUACGAGCCUAAUCCCCCUGCUACACACCUUGGAACAAUCACUAUCGAGUACUUUGACCCUUCUUCGGAUUCAAGGAAAGAAGCUGAUCUAACGUUCGAAUUAUACGGUACUGUAGUUCCCAAGACAGUGAACAACUUUGCUCUGUUGGGGCGUGGUGUUAAGGCUGUGAUUGAAGGACAGGACCCCAAAGAUAUCCAUAGGUACUCUUACCGUAAUACCAAAAUCACAAAGGUCUAUCCUAACAAGUACAUCCGAGGCGGCAUGGUCGCCCCUGAUGUAGGCCCCUUUAGUGUUUACGGACCUAAAUUUGACGACGAAAACUUUGAUAUAAAACAUGACAGGCCUGGGAGGCUCGCAAUGGCCUACUUCGGGCCUGAUUCUAACACUUCGGAAUUCAUAAUCACCACUGGUGUGGAUGGCAAUCAGGAACUAGAUAAUAAAAGUGUCGUAUUUGGUCAAAUAACUUCUGGUCUAGACGAACUGAUGGACGCUAUUCAAUUUACAAAAACAGACGAAUAUGGAAAACCUGAGCACGAAUUACAGUUUUUGUACAUAGUUUUAGAAACAUUAAGAAUUAGUAACGCUGAAGACUUGCACUCUGCAUACAAAGAACGUGUUCAGAAGUUUAGAAACGGUGAUACUUCUGUUGGUUCCACUUUGGAAAGCAUAUUCAAAAAAGAUGAAACCGUAAUUGCGUCACCCGUUUUUGCUGGAAAAACAUCGUACGAUCUAAACCAUCCAUGCUCCAGAGCCUUGAUGUGUCUAACUGUUCUCGGUUUUUGUUUCAUUAUUUACAAGUGCGUGAACGACAAGCAUCGUACGGUCUCAUUAAGACCUAAAUGA